AUGUCCGAAUAUAAAUGUCCGUUCUUGGGGGAUAAGAACGCGAGCAAAUCAACCUCCUAUAACUACACAAAGCUGCAUUGGCAUCAAGAAAAUCUUACCUCCAUAAAACACCAUCACUUCCUCUCUCUAAUUUACUCUAUCUAUCUAUCUAUCUAUCUAUCUAUCUAUCUAUCUAUCUAUCUAUUAUCCCUCUCUCUAUAUAUAUAUAUAUAUCCGUUCCCUAUCUAUCUAUCUAUCUAUCUAUCUAUCUAUCUAUCUAUCUAUCUAUCUCAUAUUUGCCUUCCCCUUUCCCUAUCUAUCUAUCUAUCUAUCUAUCUAUCUAUCUCAUAUUUGUCUUCCCUAUCUAUCUAUCUAUCUAUCUAUCUAUCUAUCUAUCUAUCUAUCUAUCUAUUUCCUAUUUGCCUACCCCUAUCUAUCUCUAUCUAUCUAUCUAUCUAUCUAUCUAUCUAUCUAUCCUUUCUUUCUUUUGUUCUUUCUUUCUAUCGAUCAACCACAGUCAGUUCUAUUCAUCUAGCUAAAUCUCAUAUUUGUCAUAUUUUCUUCCUUAUCUAUCUAUCUAUCUAUCUAUCUAUCUAUCUAUCUCCUAUUUGCCUUCCCUUUCCUUAUCUAUCUAUCUAUCUAUCUAUCUAUCUAUCUAUCACAUAUUUGCAUUCCCCUUUCCCUAUCUAUCUAUCUAUCUAUCUAUCUAUCUCAUAUUUUCUUCCCUAUCUAUCUAUCUAUCUAUCUAUCUAUCUCAUAUUUGCCUUCCCCUUUCCCUAUCUAUCUAUCUAUCUAUCUAUCUAUCUAUCUAGCCUUUCUUUCUUUCGUUCUUUCGUUCUUUCUUUCUAUCGAUCAACCACAGUCAGUUCUAUUCAUCUAGCUAAAUCUCAUAUUUGUCUUAUUUUCUUCCUUAUCUAUCUAUCUAUCUAUCUAUCUAUCUAUCUAUCUAUCUGGGCCGUUUAA